AUGGUAGAGGGAACUAAGGAAAAAAAAAAUGUUGUAGAUAAAAAAAAACAGGACAAUAAAAACAAAAAAAAUGUUAAAAAUGGAAAAAGUAACCUGAAGGUAACCCCAAACAACAACGAUAAGGUGUUAAAGAAGAAUGAAAAAAAGAAAGGAAACGAUAAGCAGAAAAUAAGUGACAAGAGUAAGGUUAAGAAAACCAUAACUAAGAAUCUCAGUGGAAAGAAUCAACAGGUUAAGAAACUUAGUAAAGACAAUGCACUGAAAAAGAAGAAGAAAAAGAUAACGACAUCCAUUCGUUUUAAGAGACCUAAGACGUUGAAAUUGCCGAAAAAUCCAAAGUGUCCAAAAAUUGUCAAAUCAUGUUAUAAGAAAACACUUGAUAAAUAUGGAAUUAUAAAAUAUCCUCUUACAUCAGAAAAGGCAAUGAAAAAAAUCGAAGAAAUAAACACACUAGUUUUCAUUUGCGACAAAAGAGCAGACAAAAAAAAAAUAAUGAAAUCUGUCAAGGGGCUCUUCGGAAUUACGUGCGAAAAGGUUAAUGUCCUUAAUAGACUCAACGGAGAUAAAAAGGCCUAUGUGCGAUUGUCCAAGGAUCACGAUGCGUUGGAAGUAGCCAACAAAAUUGGAAUUUUGUAA